CUGCUCUUCUUCUCCCCUGCAGCUCCCGAAAGCCCCCAAGCUGCCGACUUCCAUACUUGAAAGAAAAACCCGGUAGAAAGCUUGAAAUUUCUCCUUCUUUCUUGCUCAAUAACAAGUUUUAGGACUUAGAACUCUCUCUCUCAACCCAGAAAUUUCAGAUCUACUCGGUGUCUCUUCCUCUCUUGUCCGUCGGUUUCUGCUGGGUGUGAAUCCUUCGGCUUUUUCUGUUCCCGUGAGUUUCCCUCCAGGAUCCCGUCGGCUUCCUCACCAGCCAAGCUCGGUUUCUGCUGGGAAAAUUCUGGUAUAUUGACAGCUUCCCUUAAGUCCAAUUUCACCCAUUUAAUUGCUGAAAUCAUCCAUGUAAUUGCUGCCCCUGUACUGUUCAAAUUUCUGCCGAAAUAGGGGAAGAAAUUAGCAGCCUUUAAACGUGUUUUUUUUAGGCUUAGUUCAUGUAGAAAUAAACCUGUUUUGGCUUGAAAUUUAGCUGCUGUUCUGCGUGAAAAUCCUGCUGUUUUGCCAAAGAUUUUACUGUUCACGCGCACCAGUUACUGUUCACGCAGAAAAUUCUGCAAUUUGCUACUGUUUUCUGCUCCUUUUCAGUCCGUUUCUGCUCUGAAAAAUCUGAUGAAAUAUCCAUUUUUCUGGUCUUUUAGCUGGCUGUAGUUGAAUUCUGGAAAUAUCAGUUACUGUUUACAUGUACUGUUCACGGGGGCACUGUUCACGCACUGUUCACAAAUACUGUUCACGCACUAAUGGCCAACAAUUAACGGGGAUUUAAAUGUUUAAUUUGUAAUAUAAGAGCGAAUUUGGAGAUGUCUGUGCGUAUUAAUUUUGAGGUUUUUUGAUUAAGUUCCUGAUCGUUCUGUCAGUUUAGCACUGAGAUCGAAUCUUCGGUUUUAUGCGAGUGAGGUAAGUAAAUUUAUGAUAAUGCCUGUAUAGUUUUUAAAAGCAUGUUUUGACUUGUUUUUGAAGUGGUGGUAGGACUAAACCUGUUUUAUGCAAAAGUAAGUAUGACUGAUUUGAAGUGAAAUUUUUAUGCUUUUUAUUAAAUUGAGCCUGCCUACUUGAAAUUUAAUUGUUUGUUCUGAUGAUUUAAAAGUGAUUGGUGAAUUAUGAUUUUUCUGUUAACUUCUACUUGUUUUGUCUCCGAUAUAGUCAUGUUAUUAGUGACCCUGCUAGUGGGGGUUAAACGCUAGCACAUGUUGAUAUGUUAUUGAUAGAGUCGGUUCGUUCGAGUGACCCUGCUAGUGGAGAUUAUACAACAGCAAAUAGUGUAGCUUGCCAAUGGGAGGUUUAUAACACUGGCUAUGACCUAUAGAGAAGACGUCUAUUUUAUUUCUGCACUAUAACCAUUUUUCGUGAUUACACUUGUUGGCAUGCUAUAAGUUCAAUAUGGUGCACUCCAUAUUUUACUUACUGAGUUUAUCUCAUAGUUUUUCCUUGUCCAUCAUUUCAGGAAGCGAAACUGAGGAUGGGGAAACCACGAGAAGUGACGAGUUAGGAGGUUAGCCAUUUCGAGAUUGAUAUAGAUUUUAAAAAUAUAUCAUACUUUUGUAAGAUAGAUUUUAUCUUGAAUUUAUGAGAUCAAAACAGAUUUCGAUCAUUAGAUCAAUUACCUGGAUAUGUAGAGAAUUCGGGGAAGGGUAAGUGGUUAACGAAGAAGGUGACAACGCUACAUUUAUAAUGACUUUAAGUACAAGUGAAUCAACUGCAUUUUUAGCUAUUAUUGAUUCUUUUUGUUUACCUAGUAUUAAGGUAUUAAUCUUGUGAGACUUCAUCUUGUGUUAUGAUAAAGUGUAAAAUUAAUAAAUGGUUGUAUGAAAUAUUAAACUAAAUUUAUGGAAGCUUAUUGAACUUAGCCUUUUGUUGUUGAAGUUCAGCUUGUAUCAAUAACAUUGUAAUCUUUGUAAAAUGUGGCUUUGAAAGACACCAAAAACAAAUAAAUGUGGCUUUGGAAG